AUGCAGCGCCUGUCACUCGUAGACCGUGAUUUCACUCCACAAGACUACGAAUUGCUCCUAGAACUGGACUCCGGUGCAGCGGCUAUGCAAGAGUUUUUGCACGGGGCGCCCCAAGAUGCCAUAGACCUACUUCCUUGUUUUACGUAUAAGGAAUGGAUGCAACGGGGAAGUGCCACAUCCGAGAGCAAGCGCUCCAAACUAAUGGACAAUCAUGAGAACCUGACAACACGGACGGAAGCGGCGUCACCGACGGAGCCGACGACGGCAGGGGCUCACGCUGAACCCGCCGCCACACAAACCGACACGGCAUCGCUCCUGAAGCCCGCCGAGACCGCGGACUCGGACGCGAACAAGCCAGCUUCAUCGAGUUGCAAACUGCAGUCCGAGGAGGAGCGAACCGAACCAGAUGAUACCACAUCAGUUUGUGUUGUUUGUUUAGAUUUCUUUCUACCUGAGGAACGGAUUCGAGUAUUACCGUGCCUUCAUCAGUAUCAUCAGCAGUGCAUUGAUCCCUGGCUUCGGCAAAAAGCGCGGUGCCCGGUCUGCAAAUCGGCAAUCCUUUGA